CCCGCCCACCCACAGCCAUGAGGGAAGAUGGCGGCGCACUGGGCGAGGAGGAGGCAUCGCUGCGGCGUUUCCUGGCGGCGCACCCGGCCUUGGGCGCCCUCCCCUCCGGGAACAGGGUACGCUGCGCCCUGAGCGGCCACGAGCUGCCCCUCAGCCUCCCGGCGCUGGAGGCCUACGUCGCGGGGAAGAAGUACCGCCGGCUCCGGGCGAGGAGGGAGGCCGACCUCGGGCCCCACGCCCAGCACCUCGUGCCCAGCCGCACCAGGCCACAGCAGCUCUUCUGCCAGCUGACCCUGCGACACCUCAAUGCCCAGCCGGAGCACAUUCAGCGCCACUUCCAGGGACGCCGCUUCCAGAGGGCACUCCAGAAGUAUGAGCAAUGCCAGCGGGAAGGGGUGCCCUUUGUGCCGGCCGCCCUGCGCCAGAAGCAGCAACACAGGAAAAGACAGGACGAAGAAGCGGCUUCCUCCAAUGGGGCCCAAAGGGGAAAGAAGGGAGAAUUCUGGGAGCCUCCCCCAGACAGCGAGAGUGGCGACGACACGGAUGACAGCAUGAGCGAUUUGUACCCACCUGAGCUUUUCUCGGAAAAGAGCCCGGCAGUGGCGGCGGAGGAAGAGGCAGCCAAUGGCGCUUGUGGUGAGAACGGCAGCGAGGCCAUGGAGGUGGAGACCCCACUUGGCUUCAAGAGGCGGAAGGAGCAAGUCGGGAGACCAAAGAAGAGGUCCAAAAGCCACAGCGGGAAGCCCAAAUGGGUCGGGAGAGACGUCAACGGGAAGUAGAUUGGCUCAACGAACGACACGGACUGGGACUUGGGGUUUUUCUGUUAGCAAGGGAUUCACACAUUCUUUUGGAAGCCAUCACUGGUGCUUGUAUUGAUUGUGUUGAUUAUGUAUAGUUUUGUGAGUUA